AAGCAUGCGUAGUAAAGGCUGCUGCCAGUAAAAAUAUACGAUUGUAAACAAUGAAUAAUAAUUGAAAACUAGUAUGUCUGAUUCGUGAUUUAAUUAUCACUUGUAUUCUAAACAUUCAUUUUAAUUCAUUUAAAAUGGAUUUGUCGUUGUUUAAAAAGCAUUGCAUAAUUGCUUUUUUUCUAAGAAUAAUAUUAGUGGCAUAUGCAAACUUUCAUGAUAGUUAUUUUAAUGUGUCAUAUACAGACAUUGAUUACAAAGUAUUCACAGAUGCUGCGAGACACAUAACAGAAGGUGAUACACCAUUUAAGCGUCACACCUAUCGAUAUACACCAUUGUUAGCUUUUCUUUUGAUUCCAAAUGUUUAUGUACAUAAAGAUUUUGGUAAAAUUUUCUUUUCUCUAGUAGAUAUUGUAGUAGCAGUUUUAAUAAGAAGAAUACUUACACGACAAAAAUGGAACGAUAAGGUAGUAACUAUUAGCGUAUUUCUCUGGUUGUAUAAUCCACUUACAAUAGUUAUUUCUACCAGAGGCAAUGCAGAUUCUUUAGCAGUACUAUCAGUUAUUUUAACAUUAGAUUUUCUACAAAGAGAUCAAUUUUUUCUGGCUGGAUUAAUUCAUGGAUUUUCUGUACAUUUCAGAUUAUAUCCAAUAAUAUUUAGCCUGGCUAUGUUUCUAUCUAUUAACAAAUAUAACCGUUUUAUACCGAAUCUAAAUCAAUUUAAAUUUGUUAAUGGAUGCGCAUUUUCUUUACUAGUAUUAAUUGGGUUUAAUUAUAAACUUUAUGGUUAUCAAUUUCUAUACGAAAGUUUUCUCUAUCAUUUGAUAAGAAGGGAUGCUAAACACAAUUUUUCAGUAUAUUUCUACAUGUCCUAUUUGUCAUCUGGAAUCGAGCCGAAUUUGUUAAAAAAAGUUUUAACAUUAUUACCGCAAAUAAUGUUAUUGCUAUCAUUGUCGUAUAAAUACUCGGAUAAAUCUAAUCUACCGUUUGCGUUAUUCACUCAGGCAAUGGUAAUUGUUAUGUAUAACUCGGUAAUGACGUCUCAAUAUUUCUUUUGGUUUUUAUCGCUUUUACCACUUUGCUUACCAAAUAUAAAAAUGAGUAAUUGUAGAUCUAUAAGUUUAAUUUGUGCUUGGAUUUUGAGUCAAGGUAUAUGGUUAUUUUUUGCUUAUUUGUUAGAAUUUCAAGGCAUUAAUACGUUUUUAUUUAUAUGGAUUUCCGGACUUUUGUUCUUUACUACGAACGUUAAAAUUUUGAUGGAUCUUAUUCGAUGUUACAAGGCAUCAUAAAGCUUCUCUAGUUAUAUCUUAUGUACCUAGUUAUAUAAAUUAUCUAAUUAGAAAAAGAAAUAGUUUUAAUAUUCGCAUUUCAUAAAAUUGUUAAUACGAAAUGUUAAAUUUAUUCUGAUUUUGAAUAAACGAUUGAAGAAUAUCAUUGCCAUACGUAUAAACCUAUCACGUUUUUAUAUUUAUAUAACAAUAGUAAAGACAUCAAGAUUUGUCACGUUUCUCUUAUCUCGUUUUAUUUUUGCAGGAAUACAAAAUACUUAUUUACAGAUAGUUUCGUAAAGUAAUAGUGAUAGAUUCUUAAAAGGAAUGUAGAUAUAGUAAUGAUACAAUAAUAGUAAAUCUUAUUGUGUAGUAAUCUAUUAUAACUGUGAGCAAGAACAUUUCUUGGAUCAUCUUCAGAAAUAUUUUUUUCGUCGCUUAUGUAAUCUAAGCUUGCUAAUUAACGUGACGUCAAUAUCAUCGGGUUAUUCCGCGUUUUAAAUUCAUCUGGAUUCUUGUGAAUGUUUUCUUUAUAUAUAUAUAUAUUUAAUAUAAUAAAUAUAUAUAUAUAUAAUCUCGAUGGAUCAAGGAAUAUAUAAUAUAUUCGUUAAAACGCGGACUUUUAAUCCUUAGACGAUUUAACCCAAAUCACAGUACGCCAAGAAACAAAUAGUAGACGUUUUUAUAUCUACAUGUCACCACGGCAGAUGAUAAAGUGCAACAUAUAAAAAUAGCAUUUUCUUUCAUUGCUUUCGUUACAAUUUACUGAACUGUGUGUGCUAUGUGAAAUAAUCUAUUUUAUCUUUUUCAUUCCCUCGAGAGAAUAAUUGGUACUUGAUUUUUAUUUAAAGCAUACGUCGCUUUAAAUAAAAAUCGGACGAAUAACGAUAAAGUCGAAGUUCUAGGCCCUUUCGUUUAUUUAUUUUUUUUUCUUUUAACUACUGGAAAAAUGGAUUCCGGUGUACAUACAGUUAUAGGCUGUGAAUUUAUAACAUACAUACCUACGUACUCACGUAUUUAUGUAUGUAUGUAUGUAUGUAUGUAUGCAUGUAUAUGUAUAUCUGUAUUUAAGUUUCACAUAUCGUCGAUAAAUUAAUUUCGAUGUCGCGGAUGAUCUCCGAAAAAUUCUUACAUCGAGAAUUAUUGAAACGCAUUGUACUUCGAGGUACGAGAAUAAUAAAUGAAAAAAAUCAAAGACAUCGCAUUGUUGGCGUUGACCGAGUAGAAACGUUUGAUUCUAAAAGGCUGCGAGGAUAUUCGGAAAAAUAUCUUUUACAAAGUUUAUACAUAUACAAGAAGAACGUGCAAGAA